AUGGAGGAUGUGGUUAGGGAAGGCAAAACGGGAGGAAAGAAAGCGCUAAUCAUCAAGACAUGGGAAAGGUGCAAAUCUUUAGGAGUUUUGGGGAAAAACCCAUCACUGUUUGGACUGAUGAAAUCCAAGUCGUGGUCUCACGGGUUGAGAAUGGAGAAAAGGAUCGGAGUCCGAGCAGCGCCGGAAGGAUGGUUGUGGGUGUGCGUAGGAGAAGAGAAGCAGAGGUUGCUUAUCAAGACGGAGCGCGUGAACCACCCGCUGUUUAGGGAGCUGUUGGAGGAAGCUGAAUCGGAGUAUGGGUUCAGAAGCGAUGGGCCGUUGAUAUUCCCUUGUGAAGUCGAUCAUUUCCUCCGGGUCUUGCGUGAAAUGGAGUCAUCUACUUGUGAAAACAAUAAUGGCCGUGGAUGCAGCUUUGCAAGAAAUCGUAAUCAUCAUCUUCUCACCCCUCCACGCCAAACGCCAAAGACCUUAUCAACUGACGUAAAGUUGUGA